CCUGCCACUCAUUGGCCUUGGUUGAGCCGCACUUCUGGGGAAUGGCUCUGUCCCCUUAACCAGAGUGCCUUCGCCCUAGUUGAAAAAGGGUCCCAGCUCCCAGAGGGGCUGCCCCAGACCAGAGCUUUGUCUCCUGAAGCUGGAAGAGACUGAAAAGGCUUUGAAUACUUACACAUAGGAACAGCUACCUCAGAUGCCAUCUCUUCCCUGAAACCUGCCCUGAAUCUAUCUGAAAUGAGUUGUUCCCUUCUUAGGAGGGAAUGGGUAAGUGAAUGAUUCUUAGGCAUCUGCCUGGAGUGUGGAGUAUUGUCUCGUGCUCUCACAGUGACCCAACAGUCCCACGAGUCAGUACUCUUCCUGACAAGGAAGCUAAGUCUAGUGAUGCUCUCAAAGUCUCACGACUAGAACACUCUUGGGUCUUUUGCAGCCCAACAAGUGUAUGGCAGCCAGGAUUGAAAGUUCCUGCUGCUGAGGCCAGGUCUGUGGAUGCAGGGACAGACCCUUCCGUUUCUCAAAGGGAAAGUCAAGCCUUUGGUUGACCACAGCCCUUUAAGCCAACUUUGCUUUUCUCUGUUGCAGAGGAAGUCAAGCAAAGCAAAGGAGAAGAAGCAGAAGAGGUUGGAGGAGCGAGCAGCCAUGGAUGCCGUCUGUGCCAAAGUGGACGCAGCCAACAGGCUGGGAGACCCUUUAGAGGCUUUUCCGGUGUUCAAGAAAUAUGACCGAAAUGGGUUAAAUGUCUCCAUUGAAUGUAAGCGAGUGUCUGGACUGGAGCCAACCACCGUGGACUGGGCCUUUGACCUGACCAAAACCAACAUGCAAACCAUGUAUGAGCAAAGCGAGUGGGGCUGGAAGGACCGAGAAAAACGGGAGGAAAUGACAGAUGACCGAGCCUGGUACCUCAUCGCUUGGGAAAACAGUUCCGUCCCCGUUGCUUUUUCUCACUUCCGGUUUGACGUGGAGUGUGGGGAUGAAGUCCUGUACUGCUAUGAAGUGCAGUUGGAAAGCAAGGUGCGGCGGAAAGGCCUGGGGAAGUUCCUCAUACAGAUUCUGCAGCUCAUGGCCAAUAGCACACAGAUGAAGAAGGUUAUGUUAACCGUAUUUAAGCACAAUCAUGGCGCCUACCAGUUCUUCAGAGAAGCGCUGCAAUUUGAAAUCGAUGAUUCUUCCCCCAGCAUGUCUGGUUGCUGUGGGGAGGACUGCUCCUACGAAAUCCUGAGCCGGAGGACCAAGUUUGGGGACAGUCAGCAUUCCCAUGCGGGUGGGCACUGUGGUGGCUGUUGCCACUGAACUCCCAAGCCAGAACACUCUCUCCAAGGCCUGCCCUCUCCCCUGGUCUCAUGCUACUUGCCAGGUGCCCUCAGAGCUGUGGCCUCCUCAGCCCUGCAUGUGCCAGGCUGCGCCCUGAGAGCACAGAACCCUGGGAAGGAGUAGUCUGAGCUGCUCCUCCUCCUCUCUCCUAGAGAAACAGAGUGCCAGGAGGGAGCAGAGAGGAGAGGAUGCUGAGGGAUGAGCUGGUGGGGGCUGGGCAUGAAGUCAUCCUUGCAUGGAGGCUGCCUUCUCACUCCACUCUUGUGCCCUUGAGUGUAAGAUUCCCUGACUUCUCUGUAGCUGGGUUCCUGGACCCCCCCAACACACACACAUACUUGGACAAAUGGAGUGUUAUACCCACCUUUAUGGAAGUCCUGGAGCCUUGGGUCAGGGUUUGGCUGAUCCUCAAAGAGAAAUGGACUUGGUGUAAGGUCUGGGCUUAGAGAGGCUUCAGAGAGACUCCUGCUUCGUGCACGGAGUGCUCUGGUGGAGACUGGGAAGGUCUGUGCUGUAGCACAGGGAAGCACGGGAGCUCUUUCUAGCUGUGCUCAUGCAUCUGCAGUUAGAGUGGAGUCGUCCCAGGGGACCAGCCGACUCCAGGAGGAAGCUGCCUCCCUCUCUCCAUCGCUGCCAGCGAGAGGGGCUGAGAGGACCAGGAAGAAGUUGCCGAGUGGGACCGACAUUGCUUCUUUGGGCUUUUGGACUUUGCUGCAUUUUGGACUUUGCUGCAUUCUAAGCUUAAUCUCUUGAUCUUAUGGCAGUGGCUCCAGUUUUUAAUUCAUAGGAAAAAGCCAGAGGUCCUGCCUGUCUCUCCAUUGCCCCUCACUACUCUUUCUCCCCCUGCCUCUCACCCCCACCCCAGAUACCUCUGUUCUUACUCUCCAGGGGGGGAAUAACAGCAGGGAGCCCCUUGUCUUCUCCCACGAGGACCUCUCGUUCCUGGCAUAGUCAGUGCCCUUUCCUCUCAUAUCUCGGUGCUGAUAGCUCUCUGCAGGUGGGGCAUCCCUCCCUCUUCAGAGAGCCCCCAGCCAGCAGCAGGCCCUCUGCCUGCACUCCCCAGCCUCUCCCCUCGCUGCCUCAGUGAGGCACUAGUGUCACUGCCCUGGCCAGCAGCUCAGGCUGCAGCAGGGCCCGGGGCCGCCUAGGUGGCCACAUCAGCUGCUUUCCUCUCUCUGGGAUCACCCUGCGGCAGCGGCUGGAGCUGGGGAGGAGAAGGCCUUCCUCUUCUCACAGGAUAGAGGGUGUGGGGUCAGAGCUUACACUUGCCCUAAUCUCUAGGCCUUGUUCCCCCUCCAGGGAAAAAAUGACCAAAUCAUUAUCCAGGAAAAAGCACCUAAUGCCUCCCUUAGACAUCCUUGAGCUCUGCUUUAGGGAGUGUCUUAAAGCUCUAGCCUUUGUGAAGUUGCUGUCCUGGAGGUCUGUGGGUCCUCCUGACCUCAGAGGCUGCUCGCAGCCCACCCUCUGCCCUGACUCGGGUGUCUUUGCUGACAGAUCUCCCCGGAGCUGUUCUUGCUUCUCCCCCAGCUCCCUGCCUGUGCGGGGGUCUGUGCACACAGCCUCCUUCACCCAGCCCAGCCCCGCUGAGCACUCCUCAAUGCUCUUGACCCUGCCAGCUGUGAGAUGGGUCACUCCCUUGGAGAGGGCCCUGUGGCUUUACACUGGAAUAAGCCCACCCAUGUCCUUGUCCUGUUGGCUUGGGGGAUUUUACCCGAGGGAGAGAGUUUCAGUUUCUGGGAGGACAUUGGUGGGCUUCCAAGAAUCAUGGAAUGACAGAGCAUGUUUAGGAAGAGUUUCCUCUAAUCCCUGUCCCUCAAAGGACACAGAAUGAUAAUUAUUUAUUGUCUUAGAUCAUGGAUUUCUGAUACCUCCCACUCAAGGGGACCAAAAGGAACCCCCAGUGUAAAUCCCACAUAAGGUGAGUUCAGUGUAUGUUGUCUUUCCAAUCAUUGGACACCUGGCACCGAAUCCAUUUGGGGUGCUUGGUGCCAUUCCCUGCUGGUCCAGCCUCUGCUGGCCACUUCCCGAAGGGCUGCCCUGGAGGUCGGGGCAGGGGCGGGCGAGGCACUGCCUGAGACUAGCAGGGCACUCUUGUCAGUGUUGAGCCCGUUCGGUUCUCACCCGCAGUCUUUCUCCACUUCCCAGGUCUUGGUUAUGAGAAGCAUAGCAGGCCUUUACUGGGCUUUUUUGUUUAUCGUUCAUUUGGGGCACAUUAAGAUACUUUUUAAGAUUUUUCUUUUAGUUGUAUUCACUCUGUUUCAGGUUAUUUUUGUUGAUGUCAAAUGUGCAUAUGAAUGUGUAUGGUUUUUAACCCUUUCUGGGUUUUUUAGAGGAAACUUUGAAGAUAAACUCCUCCUUGAUAUAUAUUUUUUCUUUAGCAACUUGUUAUCACUGGAAUCAAAGGGGAAAAGUGACCUCUUUUUGCAUUGGUUGUAUUUGUAUGUCACAAAUAAAAGAUACUUUGUUCAGCU